CAACUAUCGUAUGUGAGGAGGGAGGACACAAGCAAACAGGCAGGCAGGUAGGCAGGCAGGCAAGCAAGCAGGCAAGCAAGGCAGGCAGGAAAACCGCCACUUUGCAUUCAUACUCCAACACAAACAAACACCCAGCCAAUACAGCCGACCCAGCCACCACCAAACCAGGACGUUGUGACUCGCGCCGUCUUGCAAUGGUAGCAGGCCAUCAACAACCAUGGAGCUCUUCACCUUGCAGGACUUGAACAGGGCGUGUCAGCUGCGACAGCUCACAGCAGAGCACAGCCUCAGAACCUUCACGGUGACAAAGCUGAUUUCCCUGGCAAAGAAGCUUGGCAUCUCUGAAACAUUUGUCCUCAAACUCAUCAAUCUUGGUGUGCUACAGCCACAGGGCGCCGUGAACCCAAACACAAACUUCCUGCACAGCUCGCACGUGUUCUUCUGGUCCAUAUCUCGCCACCAUGGCCUUCUCUCACUCGGAUGCAGUCACAUGGAAGUGUUGCCGUUUGCGCGUGAGAUUGGAGGCCGUGUCAAGGGCGGCGGGAAGCUGGUGCUGGAGCGCGACUUUGCGGCAGUCAUAUCCACCGACCGCAGCACACGCAUCCUGGGAAAGCACAUUCGCACGUACAUGUGCAAAGGAUGCACGCUCUCCAUUGACGUGGCUCGCGUGUGCUACCCAGACAGUGGGCGAUGGCACUUUGUGUUGCGCGACAAGGCGUGCACAGGCGCGUUUGAGUGCUGGCUAGAGGCGUGCCGGGCACAGGGUGGGCCGCUGGACUUUGGGUGCGGUACCGACAUUGGCAACGAUGACACCAACACCAGCACGGCAUCGACAGGCGAUGGCAGAUGUCAGCAGGACGGGUGGCAGGGCACAGGUGGCGAUACAAACGCCAGCACGGCGGAGCCCCUGUACCUGGAGCCGGUCAUAGCACAACGGCAGCAACAGCAGCAACAGCAGCAACAGCAGCAACAGCAGCAACAUGAACAAGUAGCAACGCCUGAGCAAGUGACGAGACACACGCGCACCCACCGAUCACCGCUCGCUGCACUCAAAGCCACCCUACUUCCAGGGUACACUCGCAGACGCACAUCACCCAAAUCCACAAUGCGGCCAGCGCAGCACGCUUCAUCACCAACGGCAUCAUCAUCACCACCUCCCCACCGACAACACCAGGAUCAAGGCCAGCGUCAGCAUCAGCCAGAGCACGGUCAGCCACCACCACGGCCGUCAUUGGGGCUGCCGGCGCCUCCGACGCUUGGCCGGUGUAACCCGUACUCGUCACACGAUCUACUGGUGCAGCUCAACGCCAUUCCACAACAGCAUCAGGAGCAGUACCACCGCCCCAGGGCAGAGCAUGAAAGGUGGGAGGAUGACCGUGCAGACGCCGAUGAUGAUGAUGGUGAUGAUGAUGAUGAUGGUGAUGAUGAUGAUGAUGAUGAUGAUGAUGAUGAUGAUGGCGGUGAUGGUUAUGAUGAUGGCGAUGAUGAUGAUGCUGAGACCGACAGCCCUGCAGCCAAAGAUAAGUACAGCAGUGGAGUUGGUGGCGGCGAUCAUGGCGGUGUGGCCACACAUGCGUUCCCAGGCGAGGAUGUGGGCACAAAGCCGAGCAUUCGGAUUGCCCGCGUGGCGGUGUAUGAGCGAGACGAAGACAUCAACAUCGCAGCCUACCAAGACCGCCCACCGCCACCGCUCGUGCUCGACUUGUCAGACGCGCACGGCAUGCAGCAAGAACAGCAGCAGCAGCAGUCAUUUACUGCUGCUGUGCUAAACCCCUCCUCAAGGUACAACCGCAGCAACAGCAACACCAACACGGGCAGUGACAACACUGCUUCCCCGUACAGCAUGCCGCGCGAUGGAUGGGGUGUAGGCGGACACAGACAUGAUGACGAUGGCGAUGACCACUAUGACGACGGCUCCAUUCGUGGUUCAAUCUACAGCAGCGCGCCAUACUCGCGGCUGGCGGUCUCCACGCCGUCAAGUAACUCGACACCGAGUGCGGGCCCCUCCCCGUACAUGGUGUGUCCGAUUCGGCUGCCGUCAACCCAUGACGCGCCCAGCCACGAUGACAGCACCACCGCCAGCAGCAGCAGCAGCAGCGAGGAUGAUGUGACUGACGUUAGCCACUAUGCUCAAAGCACUAACAGGCUCAACUGCACCCUGCGCAAGAAGCUGCCAGACACCACUGCAUUGCAUUGUCACCCAUACCACCAGCAACAACUUGACCAACACAUGCACGGCAGACAGGAACCACAUCGCGUGUUUGUGCGCCAGCACUCUGCUGAUGCAACGUGUGGCACAAGAGAGCGUGAUGACGAUGCUGCUGCUGUAGACCCGCGCUGUCUUGUGGAAACACCACCGACACGGCCUCACGGUAUCUGGAACGGUGCCGGUGAUGAAGAUGUCCGUGAAGAAAGCAAAGAGAAAGGCAAGUUUGGUGAUGGCGAGCGCGCUAAUGAUGGUGAUGAAGGUGGUCAUGAUGAUGGUGAGCAUGAUCGUGAU